UCGGCCAUUUUGAAGAACUCUGACUAAGAACUCUAUUUGAAAGUGAAAGCUUCGCGACAUAGCCGUUUAACGAAACUUUUCUCGGCUCCUCUUUCUUUAUAAAGCUUAGCUACUCUUCUGGAGUAGCUGGGAUUUCUGAAAAUGAUGCAGGUGUCCGUGAAGACGCUGGAUUCGCAAACAAAAGUUUUCACUGUUUCAGAGGAGUCCUCUGUGAAAGACUUUAAGGAUCAAAUUGCUUCCGAUGUGAAUAUACCCUCUGACAAGCAAAGACUUAUUUUCAAAGGCAAGGUAUUGCAGGAUGAUAAGAAGCUUUCAGAAUAUGGCGUUGAUGGUUGCGUAAUUCACCUGGUUGAAAGGAAACCUCCACCUCUUGGAGCAAGUUCUCUAGAUGGCCCCAAUAGCUCUAGCAGCACAUCUACCAGUUCAUCAGGAAGCCUGCCUCUUGGAGUCGGCCCUAACAUUGUCAUGGGAGCAUUUUCCAUGCCAGUUGAUGUAGUAGGAGCUACUCAGCAAAUUGUUCAGAGCCUUGUCAAUCAGCUGGGAGUGGAUUCUGCCCAAGCAAAUAUCAGUACCACAUCAUCUGAUGAUGGAUCUUCAGUGAAUGUUCACAUCAACCUUCAGGCCACAACUCAGCCUGGAAAUGAUGUAUCACAGAGGAUUAAUAGGGCAAGACAUUUCAUGAGAGCUGCAUCUAAUUCUUUGAACAGAUCUGAGGGAGAUGGAGUUCUUCCCAUGGAUACAUCAGAAACACCAAAUACUGCAAAUACCAAUCAAGCUGAAGGAUCCUCAACAGAAACUGGCAGCCAAACUUCAAACCUUUCCAGUCCUGCAGCCUUAGCAGAAGUCUUAAGGGAUGCAAGGGACUCCAUGACUUCAAUGCAAACAGUAUUAGACAGAUAUGCUUCUCUUCUAGACUCCAACUCUCCAGAGAACUUAGAUGCUUCUGAAGACACCUUACCGGAUAGAGUGGCUGAAGCAUUCCACAACCUCAGUCAUGCUUACCAUGCUCUGUCAGAUCUUACUUUCAAUUUCCGUGGUCCUGAACCAAGAAGGCCAAGUGUGCUCACAUCACUAUCUCCACAUAUUCCACAAGUGCCAAUGUUGUCAAGCUUUGUUGGUGCACCUCAGAUGAUACCAAAUCCAAUGGCUCAGCCUGCUCAGCAACCUGCUGCAAGCUCCACAACAGCACAGACCAGCCAAGCUGCACCAGGUACCCCGCAGAUACCAUUGGGCACCAAUCAGAAUUUGAGGAUCCAUGUGAAUCCUCAAGGUGGAAUCUCAUUGACCACCAUCAUAUCAAAUGUGUCACAUCCAGGCACCACUGCACCAGUCAACAGUCUGUCUACACCAUCCACAACAUCCACAAGUGGUACAAGGAUGAGUGCUAGUGCAGAUAAUGGUGCUGCAAGAGAGACUUUUUCAAGCUCCUUUGGGGAGCAGAGGUCAUCAGUUGGCACUGACACAAAUAAUGGUGCCACUGCUACUGCCAACACAACUAAUAGCAGUACUAGUACAUCAACUCAGACUUCACAGCCCAGUGUCCGGACUCGCAUUAUUGUAGAUGACUUCAUUGCAUUGGUGUCAAAUGUGCCAGCUUCCAUGGCUGCUGCUAUGGCUGCAGCCCAGGGUGGUCAGGUCCCUUCAGGGAUGUCAGUGGCUCAGAAUCAAUCCCAGGCACCAGGCCAAGGAGCAGCAACAGCAACAAGCACGCCAGUGCCAACACCUGGAACACAGAGUACAACAGCUGGACAGGGUCAAGCUAGACCUCAGGGAUUACCAGGGGCUGUGUCCAUGAAUCUUAUGUCUGGUAUGGGAGGAGGAGGAGGAGGAACACCAAACUCAAAUCAUCCUGACCCAUCUUUACCUUGCCAGUCAUUUCAUUUUGGACCACAGGGACAGCGUGCUCAAACACAGCAAACCAGUCAACCACAGUCAACCCAAUCUACCACUACAACAGUGACAAGCACUCCAGCUCAGACGCCAAUAGCCAGCACUGCCCCUGAGACAGCAGCGACAAGUACUCCAGCUUCAACUGCUGCAACUACCAGUGCUUCUCAGACUCAACCCAAAACUCGGGGAGCAGCUGGUGAUAAGAAGCCUCCUAGUGAACCUCCGCCUGCACGUGAGCCACCAGUGAGAACGCCCCCAGAGCGAAGGAGAGCCCGUGACCGCACAAUAUCUCCAGCUGAUUUGCAAGGGAUUCUAGGAAUGAUCGCACAUGAUCAGAGGACUGGCUUUAGAGGAUUACCAUCACUUUUUCCCGGCAGCUCAGGCCGAGGUCCACCUAGACAGUCUGGCCGAAGGGGUGGUUCAGAUUCAAGGCAAUCAAUGAUGGAUAUCAUAGAUUCUAUGAUGAACUACAAUGAAGGUCAGACACAAACAAUUAAUUCCUUAAUCGAAACAAUGAGACAAAGUGGACUGGACAUUCAAGAUGAAGAAGGACUGGUUCCUGCUCUAUAUCAGCGUCUAAGUGCCGUGAUGACAGUUGAGGAUGUCAUGGGCGUGGUCAUGGGUUCUGAGAGACCAUUUGAACGAAUCCGACCAGCUUUGAUGGUGUACGUGAAGGAGGAUCUUUUGCAUGGACAAGAAGCAACAAACGAAAACCUACGGAAAGCUGUGAAGGAGUUGACUAAAGAGAUCGUUGAUGGUGUUGGGGACUCCCUUAAAGUUGCCCCAACAAAUAAUGAUAUUGAUAUUGUGGAAUCUGCCCAGAGCUUCCUAGAGCACUAUAUCAGAAAUGCCGUGGACUUGGUUUUACAUUCAGAGGAGAACCCCAGGUUUGCUGAAUACUUUCAAGGCCACAUGAAGGACAUAGCUGCAGAAUUCUUCACAAUGCUGGUGUUUUGCUACAGAGAUGGGCUGGAAGGAGUGGAACAAGUGAUCAGAAAUAGAAUUCCCACAUCGAGUUUAACACAAGACAUGGAUGAACGUUCUCGAGAAGUGUUUGAGCAGUUGUUACUGAGGAACAUCCGUCAGAUGUACUACAGUAGGGCGUAUUGUGAGGGGCGACUCCAGCGCUUCAUGAUCAAACGCAGAACCCCUCCACCACCCCCUCCGGCACAACCUGAAGCCCCCUCUAAACCUCCCGUGGGGAACUCCUCUGAGGACGAAAAGGCGGGCGACAAGAAAGUGGGAGAGGCCAUAGACGAAGACAUGGACAGUCAUGGUUCUGAUGAUUCAGAGACGUUUACGACUCCCCCUGCAUCCAUCAUAGCAGGGAAUGAUACGGAAAGCCUCAAUGUAGAAUUGCCGGAGGGUGAAGAGGCUAUGGAGGAAGAGCAAGCGGAUCAAGAGUGGAAAUCUAUUAUGCCUGAGGAAUGGAUCCCCGUAAUCACAACAGACAUUGUGCGGCAAAGACGAAUGCCACCACAAGCGCCUUUUAGCGAUGCUUACGUCAAUGGACUACCACCAAAGAGGCGUAAGAUGAUAGACCAACGAGGCAUUACGCCAAGUGAAGACAGUAUAGGUGAUGCAUUGAAGAGUGCGGCUACAGCCACAGGAGCCACGCCUCUCACAAGUCUGGACGAUCUUUCAAGAGCUGCUAAGGGAAAUCGUGCCCUCCAUGGAGCAUAUCGAAGAGAGAUUCAAAAGGAAAUCAAGACAAGAUUGGAUAAAGAUACAGAUUACAGACCUGAUAGAUUCCCUCAGACUAAGGAUUGUUUUGACAAAGAUUCAGAGAGGAAGUAGCACUAGAAAUACGGCGAGCGGAUGUAAUAGCUCGUCUGUAUAUCACCAUUAAAUUGGUCAUUAUAGGUGUGACCAGUUACCCGCCGUGCAUUUAGCACAGGAAGCUCAAUGUAAUGAAGUUGAAAAUCGUUAAAUGACGGUGCUUUGUAAAGCUUACCGGAUGGACCUUCAAUCUUUGUGCGGAUCAGAACUGUGGGAUGAACAACUUAAGAAAAACCCGCACACUGAGAUGUAUGUGUCGACAUUUUCAAUUUUUUUGUUUUCGUUUUUGGUUUUAAUCUUUUAGCAAUCAUCCUUCUCAGCCUCAUAUCAUUAGAACUCAAUUCAAUCGAAUCAUCGGAGGUAUUAGAGGUAAAGGCGCAAGUUUCCUUAGUUUAAGUCAUUUUGUCAACCCACACGUCCUGCAAGGUGUAAUCUGCGUUUGGGUUUUUAUAAUCAGCUGAUUCUCUCAGAGAUCAAUAGUUAAUACUUCCCCUCAAUUGAAAGGACAUCCCUUGUUCUAAAGUACCUUAAAAAAACUCUUGCUACCAAUUAAUAUAAGCAAACUUAUGAUUACUUUCUUGCGAUUUUGUUUUUUGUUUUUGUCUGUUUUGUUUGUUUGUUUGUUUGUUUGUUGUCUUGGUGUGUGUUUUGUUGAUGUCAAUAUCUUGUUCUUUUUAGUCACUGUAAGUUUAAUAACUAUUGGGAUUUAUAAGUGGACCUAUACUUUGCACCAGAAGAAUAUUGGUACAGGUCCAGAGAAUGUGCCACUAAUCCUGCAUAGAAACCGUGUGCAGUGAAGAGCUUUAGUCUUAGAACCAAAGAGGUUUGUUAGGAUGUUGAAUUGUUAAUGGCUUAUGAAAAAAAUAGUACUGAUUGAAUUAAAUCACAUUUCAAUUAA